GUUGCUACAAUGAAUUCCAAGGGGGAAAAUUACAUUGACUCAACGAUAUUGGAAACGUUCCACGACGAAUGUUUCCAGAAAGCAAUGCAGCAAUACGAAGAACAUGAUGUGUUUGAACCAGAUGAGAGUGAGAAACAAUGUCAAAUACUAAAGACACGAUUGAAUGGUUGUUAUUUGAUUAUACAACAGAAUAACGAAGCGCGUAAGGUACGGGAACAAAACAUAAUAAUGGAUAAAGUUGGUGUUGCUGGGAAUGUUUAUUUCGAGGAAAUGGAAAAGGUUGCAGACGGACAACAUUUGGAAGAUGCUAUUACAGCAAAGGCCGAAGCUGAAAGAAAAGCAAACGAAGCGUUUAAAACAUCUACCAGUGACUGUAACCAAGACUUAGUAAAGAAGUGUGAGAACAAACUGCACGAAGCUAUUCAAUUAAAACACAGGGAGUUUGAAAGAAUCAAUGCAAACCGAUUGGAAAUAUGUGUAGAACUUAAACGAACAAUAAAUGAAUAUUUGGCACAAUUUGAAAAAGUGGAGAAUAAAUAUGUAGAAGAUGAAUAUCUUCACCAAAUUCAUGAAAGUUCCAAGCAACAAGCAUUGCAAACCUAUGCUAAUAAUGAAAAUAGUGUUUCACCUGAAGCUCGCGAAAGUUUUUCGGAAAACAUGGAUAAACUUAAAAAUGAAAUGGAACAAAUUUUUAUUUUUAAAACAGAUAUGAACAAGAACAACAAGGAAAAAGUGGAGCGAAUUAUUCAAUUGUUCUAUGCAGAAGUUUCAGUUGAAUACUUGGAAACAAUGAAAGAGGUAGCAAAGUAUGGAGAGCCAAUGUUAAUCAAAGUGCAUGAGAUAUACAAAAAGUAUAUCAGCGAAAAAGUGAAACAAGAAAUUCCCAUCUCAACCCUUCGAGAAUCUACAAAAGAAGAGUGUGAUCAGAUGCUUGAUGAACUAAGAGAGAAGGUUGAAGCACAUUGGACAACUUGGUUGAUUUACGUUGCUGUUGGAGCUACAGUACUUGCAGCUGCUGGUACUUUACUUGCAUGUAUAGGUUUUGCGGCAGCUGGAGUUGUUGCAACUCAAGGUGCUGCAACCACUGCUGUUGCCGCUGCUGAGGGUACUGCUGUUGGUGGUGCUAUUAGUGCUGCUCUUGGUGGUACUGCUCUUGCACUUAACACAUCUGCUACAAUAAUGCUUAAUAUAGAAAGAUUUUUUUCUCGGAAGAUGGGCAAGAAUAUUAAAGAUUCCCCAUCUUUCACAACCUUGCAGGAGGUCCGACCUUUUUUUAUAAACUAAAGGUUAUCCUGACCCUUAUCAUAUCAUUAUAAUCAAAGAGAACUAAACUGCACGGACUUCUCAUGCUUAAUUUUACUGAUCUUAUGUGACCUUGGUUAUUUUCACGUUAAGUCGUCUGUUGUGCCUUUUGUGUUGAAAAUUCAAUUUUGAUUAUAAUGUCAUUGAUUUGAUCACUCUACAUAUUUAUGAGCCCCUUACCUAAUAUCGUCACACAAAUUGGGCAUAUGAAUACGCUAUUGAAUCAAAACUUCAGCUAAAAUUUGUUGGAAAUGUAUUUAAUGUAUAUAUCAUAAACAAGCAAAUAUAACAUAAUAAACUAGAUAUUAAAU